AUGGAUUUAAAUAUUUACAAUCUGACAACCCCGAGCAGGAGAAAGGUUGAUGUGGAUUAUGAAGAUUUUAGUGAGGAGGGUAAUUGGGAGGAGAGGGAGAAGGAAAGGGAGGGAGAGAUGGAGGAGGAUGGGAAGGAGGAGAGGGAGGAGGACGGGUUUGAAGGCGAGAGGGUUGACAAUCAAGGCUGGUUGAUUUCUGAGAAAUCUCAGGAAUCGGCUGAUGAUGGAGAGGCAGCAGAAAGGGAAGCAGUGACAGUGAUUGUGUGUGACGGAGGGGAGGAGGAGGAGAGGGAACCAGAUGAUGUGUACGAGGAUUGCAAAUCGGAGGUUCAAUCAGUGAAUGAGAACGCAGGGAGUGCAGCCGAGAAAGGGAAGGUGCCAAGGCAGGGGAUUCUUCAGGGUGAACCCCAGAACGCACCUCAAAACGCACCUCAAAACGCACCUCAAAACGCACCUCAAAACGCACCUCAAAACGCACUUCAAAACGCACCUCAAAACGCACUUCAAAACGCACUUCAAAACGCACUUCAAAACGCACGUCAAGCUCCCCCUCAGAAUCCCUUCCGCCCUGCUCCCAGCCCGCGCACCCAUCGCCGCAUCUCCUCCUGGGCAGAAGGGGGCGGCGCGGGCCCAACUGCGUACGUGCUGCGGCGGCCAUACAGGGAUCUGACUCGGUUCUAUGAGGUGGGGGAGGAGGAGCUGGGCGUGGGGCAGUUUGGGGUGAUCCGCUCGUGUGUGAGCCGUGCAACGGGGGCUCUCUUAGCAUGCAAGACCAUCAGCAAGCAGAAGAUCGAGAUGGGGGAGGAGGAGCUGGUCGUGGGGCAGUUUGGGGUGAUCCGCUUGUGUGUCAGCCGCGCGACGGGGGCUCUCUUAGCAUGCAAGACUAUCAGCAAGCAGAAGAUCGAGGUGAGAUUUCUGAGGCAGGUAAUCAUAUCAUAUGUAGUAACUAGAGGGGAUCUGACUCGGCUGUACGAGGUGGGGGAGGAGGAGCUGGGCGUGGGGCAGUUUGGGGUGAUCUGGUCGUGUGUGAGCCGCGCGACGGGGGAGCUGCUCGCCUGCAAGACCAUCAGCAAGCAGAAGAUCGAGCUGAGGGAGGGUGACUGCCGCUUUGGCUCUUCCUGCUUCUUUGGUCUCCUCAUCCUUUCCCCUGUUUCUCUCUUCUCCCUCCUCAAACCACAGUCAGCAGAAGACGCGGAAGACGUGCGAAAGGAGGUGGCGAUGCUGCAGCAGGUGAAGGGACACCCGAGCAUCAUUGAAAUACAUGACUCAAUGGAAGACCCUCGGCACAUCCACAUCCUCAUGGAGCUUGCUAGAGGCGGGGACCUCUUCGACCGCAUCAAACAGCGCUGGAGCAAGCAGAGCAAGGAGAGCAAGGAGAGCGCACACAAGCGCUUGCUUGGAGGAGGGAGUGUGGAGGGGAGAGUGGGGUUUUCAGAGGAAGAGGCGGCGGUGGUGGUGGUGCGAGUGGUGGAAGCGUUAGAGUACUGCCACUCGCAGAGCAUCAUGCACCGGGAUGUGAAGCCGGAGAACAUUUUGCUCAUGAACCGGGAUGACGACACGUGUGUCAAGCUGAUUGACUUCGGCGUCGCGGCGCGGUUCCAAGAUGGGAUGAUGACACCAUCAUGGGAUGAUGACACCAUCAUGCAGAGGGAUGAUGACACCAUCAUGCAGAGGGAUGAUGACACCAUCAUGCAGAGGGAUGAUGACACCAUCAUGCAGAGGGAUGAUGACACGUAUGUCAAGCUCAUUGACUUUGGCGUCGCUGCAAGGUUCCAGGAUGGCACGCCUCUCACGGAGUUUGUCGGCACGCCAUACUACAUUGCACCAGAGGUGCUGGCAGGCUCAUACGGGCCCGAAGCCGACAUCUGGAGUGCCGGAAUUGUGCUCUACACUAUCCUCUGCGGCGCGUCUCCUUUUUUCGCCGACACCAACGAGGAGAUUUUUCAGGCGAUUCGGGAGAAGCCGGUAAAGUUUAAAGCUGCCCGGUGGAAGAAAAUCGGGGCAGGGGCGAAGGAGUUGCUGAAGGGCAUGCUCGGAAAAGAUCCUGCAAAGCGCAUGUCUGCUGUGGAUGUUCUUGAAUGA